UCCCGGAAAGAUGUUCUGUCAACAGGAACGGUGUUUUAUCAACUUUCAUGCCAGAAGCUUGUUAAAUUUUAAAGAGGUUAUGAAGUUUGAGAAUCGUCACAAAAGUUAUCAAACUUUUUGGACGAUGCUUAUUAAUCGGAGGCAUACAGUAUACGCAAACAAAUAUAAUUAGAAGACGAUAUUUUACUUAAGCCAAUAUUAUAUCACGUUUUAAUUGUGACACUUAUCAAAAUGGCAAUACAAGAAGAAGGCAAGACGUGGGUACUGGAAUUAGAAGCAGCGUUGCUUGAUACGGAAGCUCCUUCUGCGUCUGACAUAUAUGCAAUUUGUAAAGGUCAGGCAGUUCCUGAAGAUCUAAGACCAGAUGUUUGGCAAGCGUGUUUGGAUGUUGUCGAUCGAGGUAAUCAACUAAGUCAGUUCAAUGAAGUCUUUGAUUUGCCAGAACAAAAUGUUAUACGAGAUGAUUGUCAAGAAUUUGUUGCAAAACUUGGAAAUGACGACGAAGAUAAAGUGUUUGUUGUUUCUGACUUGGAAUCAAUUAUAACAUAUUAUUGUAAAACUAAGGGAGGACAAUAUGAAAGAGGAAAUGGUUGGUUAGAAUUACUAGGUCCAUUGGUAGCUUUAAAAUUACCACGUUCUGCGACAUAUAAUUUAUUUGAAGCAAUAAAAGAACUAUAUAUUCCAAGAGGUGAAAUAUACAGUUCUGUAUUACGACUUUUGUUGUUAUAUCAUGAGCCAGAAUUGUGUUCUUUUUUGGAUACAAAAAGGGUAUCGCCUGAUCAGUACACAAAAGGUUGGGUGAAUACUUUAUUUGCUGGUGUAUGUUCCUUACCAGCAGUGUGUACAAUGUGGGAUUUAUAUUUUAUGCAAGCUGAUCCUUUUUUCAUGUUGUUUCUUUCUCUUAUAAUGGUAAUAAAUGCAAGAGAACAAAUAUUAAGCAUGAAAGAUGAUGAUAAACAAAGUAUAAUAGAUGCCAUAUCAAUGAUGCCAUGUGCUUUGGAGGCUGAAGAUGUAACAGAUUUUUGUUCAUUAGCACAAUAUUAUGCAAUGAAAACACCAUCGUCCUUUAAACAUGACCUGUAUCCUGUAAUGUUUGGUGAUAAUUAUGAAAAUAAAUUGAUAUCACACGCUUUAUGUUUACCAGUAUCGGCACAAGAAUUAGUAGAAAAUGCAAUUGAAACUUCGUCCAUGUCUAAUAAUUCUGUUGAAUCGGUUAGAUUUUUUUUAGUGGACUGUCGACCUGCAGAACAGUAUAAUGCAGGGCAUUUGCCAACUGCAUUUCAUUUGGAUUGUAACUUGAUGCUUCAAGAACCAUCUGCAUUUGCUACUGCUGUACAAGGAUUAUUACAAGCACAACGUCAAGCAUUAGCUGUUGGUUCACACGCAGGAGGAGAACAUCUUUGCUUUUUAGGUAGUGGUAGACAAGAGGAAGAUCGAUAUACACAUAUGGUAGUGGCUUCUUUUUUGCAAAAACACACUCAAUAUGUGAGUAUGGUUACUUCAGGAUAUCAAGCAAUACAUGAGUAUUUUGGAGAUGAAGUGGUUUCCAGUUUGGUCGAUCAUAAUUCACAACACUGUUUAGUAUGUAAUGCCAACAUGUCUGAGACUAAUUCAAACGAAGCCAGUCCAGAUAAAACAAAAAAUAACAAUACUGAUCUUUUUGGUAAGAUUGGUAUGGUAAUGAGAUUAAAGAGUCAAAAAGUGAAAGGGAAACUUUUCGAUUAUAUUGUUAAUCCUUCUGCAAGUGUUAAUAGCAAUAUGGAUAUAAAGGGUAAUAAAGAUUUAGAAUACAUUAGACGAUCAAGAAAAACGGCACCCGUUUUUAGUAUAGAUGAUGAUCAAGAAUUAGAUAUGACAAUGACCAAUAACGAAAGCGAGGAACCUAUUGAAGUUGUAUCUAUCCAGCAAUGGAUGAAAGAUCCUAAAUUAUUACAUUCCUUCAAAUGUCAAGAAGUCAAAGUUAAUGGAGACCUUUGUGAUAGUUUAUUGUUAAUUACCGAUAGUCAUCUCAUUGUACUCCGUGAGAUACAAGAACGUAAGGGUGCAGCACACGUAAUCGUUAAACGUCCUUUAACUAGUAUUGUUAAAAUAACAUCUAGAAAACGACAUUCAGACCUAAUCACUUUCAAAUAUGGUACUACACAAUAUAAUGAUACAGUGAUUUCUGAUAUGGAUAAAUUUCUUAUACCUAAUGCAAGUGAAGCAACUAAAUUAAUCACACAACAAAUUCUAAAACAAUUGAAAACAUCUAACUAAUGUAAGUUCUAAAUGAGUACAAUAAUUGAAUUAUAGUAUAUUACUUUAAUUACAGAAGGAAUUCAUUUGAAUAUAUUUAAAGUUUUUAAUUUAUCUUAUAUGAAUAUAAAACAUGAAUGUUUAUCUGCUUCAUACAGUAUAUAUUUAUUUUAAUAGUUAACAUAAUAAAGUUCAUAAGGUACUACAACGUCGGUAGGCCACGAUAACAUUUAUAAUUAAUGAUGACGAAAUAACAUAAUUUCUUUUGCUAAAUUCAUAUUUCAUACAUAAAAACAUAAAAGUCUAGAUUUUUAUUCUAUCAUAGAAUAGUUUAAAACAUGUGUUGUGAGCUAAUGGCCCGAGUCUAGUCAAAAAUUCGUCGUGUUGUACAUUAUGCGGAGAACUUAAGUUUUUAUUUCUAAUAAAUCAUCGUAAAUGAGACAUAAGAAAAUAUGUCCAUGUAAUGUGAAAUGAUUGAUUAUAACAUUCAAUGACUUUCAUAUAAACACAUCUUGCCUUUAAUAAUGUUAAUACAUAUACAUAAUACAUACAUUUAUAUUUAACGUAUGCUAUAUAGAAAAACAUAUUUCAUUUCAUUUCUUGGAAAAUUUUAUAAACUGGCUGUGAUAGAAACUAUGGUUCUAUUAAUAGAUUUUAGCAAGUUUCCAAUGCAUAAUGUACAUACAAGACUGAGGGCUUAAUAUAUUUUAAAAAGUCGAAGAACUAUAUAAUCGAAUCGCAAAUUUAAUUAAUUUCUGAAAUUUGUAAACAACAUAAUUAUCGUGGUAUAAAUACAAAUGUAUGAAAUUUUGUUUAUUUCUUUAGUAAUUCAUAUUAUUUAAAGUACUUAAAGAUAUUAACUUAAAAUGAUGUAGUUACCAGAGUCAGACUAAUAAUUACUUUAAAAGAUAUUUUCAUUUUAUCAUAUAAUACAAUCAUAUUUGUAUUGUACUGUCUGAUGAUUUUUGAAAAAUAAUUUUUUAGAUAAAAAAGAAAUAAACUCAAAAUAUCUUUCAAUUCUAAAUUUAAACAAUUUUUCAUCAUGCUUUCUCUUUCAACAUCAUAUGAAAAUGUCCAUUUGCCAAAUGAAUAUUUGGCACAAGUUAGUAUAUAUAUAUAAUAUUCCAACAUUAUAUGAAUUAUACAACAUACAAAUGAAUCUUCUAAACAAAUUCAAAGAAAGUAGUACUAACUUUGUAAUGCCUUUAUUCAUAUACAACUACCAUUUUUAUGGUAAAUAAGACAUGUCUAAAAUAAUUGCUAUUAGAAAAAUUAUUCAUUUUUUCUUCAAUAUACACAUAUAUAUAUACAUAUAUAUAUACACGUUAUACAUAUAUAUACAUAUAUAUACACACACACUAUUUCGAAGUAAGGCAAAAUUUUUCUUAAAAUCUAAUUAAGAAUAUUGAUAAAAUGAUCAUCUUGAUAAAAUAUUUAAUAAUUUUCUAUGGUCUCACACAGGAAAGAAUACAUUUAUUACUUUUAUAAUCAGAUUAGUAAAUACUGUUAACUACAGUCUUUUAUAUUAAUAUAUUUAUUUGUUUAUUUAUUAAUUAGCUGAGCAUUUUUAGUUGAGAAAGACUGCUUUAAAUGAAUUGAUUUGCAUUAAUUUGAACAUAUUAUGAUUUUUGGCAACAGAGAAUACUAACAUGUAAAAUUUGUUUAUAGUAUGCUAUGUUAUUUGUACGAUACGUAAAUUUCGUAUUUGUGCUUCCAAAAAAGAAUGUCUUGAUAUGUCUAAGUAAAUAAAAAAGAUUAUGUAAACAUUA